AUGGCUUCAUAUUUAGCUGGGUUAAUAGAGGGUGAUGGUCAUAUAGCUGUACAUGAUAAAAAUUCUAAAUCUAAAGUCUAUCGUCCUAAAAUCAUUAUUGUUUUCAACAUUCAUGAUAAACCUCUUGCAGAUAAAUUAUCUACUCUUUUGAAAGUUGGUAAGGUAAUUAAAAAAUCUGGUGGUCAUGUUAUACUACAAAUAUUAGCUAAAGACGAGGUAUUAAAAAUCUUUAAUCUAAUUAAUGGUCGUAUGCGUACACCUAAAAUAGAAGCUUUACAUAGAGGUAUAGCCUGA